GCCCGCCGGAGUUGCGGGAACGCGGGCUCCAGCGGUGCACUGGAGUGGAGUCUGCACGAGCAGCCGCCAGCGGCGUUCGAGGCGUCGAGGCCCGGGCCCGGGAGCAGCGGCGAGCGGUGCCGGCUCCGGUCGUGGGCAUGGCGCGGCCCGAGGUCUGGAUGCUGCUGGCCGGCCUCCUGCUGGCGCUGCCGGCGGGCGCCCCGAGGGCCAGCAGGCGCCCAGCACGGCCCCGAAGCUGCGCGGAGCGGCCGGAGGAGCUCCUGGAGCAGCUGUACGGGAGGCUGGUGGCCGGCGUGCUCAGCGCCUUCCACCACGCGCUGCAGCUGGGCCCGCGCGAGCAGGCGCGCAACGCGAGCUGCCCGGCCGGGGCCCGCUCCUCCGACCGCCGCCUGCGGCCGCCGGCCAACCUGCGCAGCGUGUCGCCCUGGGCCUACAGAAUUUCCUACGACCCUGCGAGGUACCCCAAGUACCUGCCCGAGGCCUACUGCCUGUGCCGGGGCUGCCUGACCGGGCUGUCCGGGGAGGAGGACUUCCACUUCCGCAGCGCGCCGGUCUACAUGCCCACGGUGGUCCUGCGGCGCUCGGCGGCCUGCGCGGGGGGCCGCUACGUCUACACCGAGCACUACGUCACGGUGCCCGUGGGCUGCACCUGCGUCCCGGAGCAGGUCAAGGGGGACGAGAGCCUCAACUCCAGCAUGGACAAGCAGGCCGUGAAGCUCGCGCUCGGCCCCCACGACAAGCCCGCCGCGCCCUGAGGCCGCCCGCCGUGGGGCCGAAGGAGGCACCUGCGGAGAGAGAAUCAGGACACAGCGCUGCACUGGGCGUGCUCUGGGUCUGCUUUCUCAGGCAAAAGUUAGCACAGGGUUGGUGAAAGAGGCCGAGAA